GAGUAAUAAUGGUCAUACCCGCUGAAAUUCACAAAUCGUGGAUUCAUCAAGAUGACAUCUCUACACCUUCUCCCUUCAAUCUCAUCCAUCUCUUAUUCAAACCCCACCUCAAACAAAUUCCCCAAAUCCACCAAAAACCCUAAUUUCAUCAUCUUCAAUCUUCAUCCAAUCUCAAAAUCCCUUCAAUCCCACAAAAUCCAAUUCAAUUCCUUCCUCAAAACCCCCAAUUCUCUCUCCUCCAACCCUCUAAAACCCUUGAACAGUCUAAUUUGCAGGAGUCUUAAAGAGUCCCAAGAUGACAUCAAAACAAUUGUACCACCCAAAAGUGGCGGAGGAGACGGCGGUGAUGGAGGCGGAGAUGGUGACGGAGAUGACGGAAAGAAGGGGGAUUCCUCUGGGUUGUUGCCUGAGUGGUUGAAUUUUACUUCUGAUGAUGCGAAAACUGUUUUUGCUGCUCUUGCAAUUUCGCUUGCUUUUCGGUCGUUUAUUGCUGAGCCCAGAUAUAUUCCUUCUUUGUCUAUGUAUCCUACAUUUGAUGUUGGGGAUCGACUUGUUGCUGAAAAGGUGUCAUACUAUUUUCGGAAGCCUUGUCCCAAUGACAUUGUAAUUUUCAAAAGCCCACCAGUUCUUCAAGAUGUUGGCUAUACUGAUGAUGAUGUUUUCAUCAAAAGAGUGGUUGCUAAGGCUGGUGAUACUGUUGAGGUGAAGGAUGGAAAGUUAAUUGUAAAUGGUGUUGUAAAGGAUGAAGGAUACAUAUACGAAUCUCCCAAGUACAACAUGACCCCAAUACGUGUGCCAGAGAACUCUGUUUUUGUGAUGGGUGACAACCGCAAUAACAGCUAUGAUUCUCAUGUCUGGGGUCCACUUCCUGCCAAGAACAUUAUUGGAAGAUCAGUCUUCCGAUAUUGGCCUCCUAAUAGGAUAGGGAGUACAGUUCUCCCAGAGGGCUGUGCUAUUGAAAAGCUGGAGAGCCCUUCACCAGCAUCAUAGAGAGCAAUUUCUCAUUAUAAGCCAAAAUUGUUCUGAAUAGUUCGGCAAUCCAUUUUGCUAUGGACCAUCCACCUUCUUCAGCCUUCAAAGGCAUUGGUUAUGACAGCUUUAUAUGGCAGAAGUAGUGGUGUUUGCUGGUCACACUUUGGAGGCCCCAUUGCUCGCUUGUCUAAAUGUGAGCAACAAUAGAAACCGUUGGUUGAGAAGAUCAUCUAAAUAAUUUGACUCUGCAGUUGAUCUAUUGAAUUCAAUUCAGUAAAUCUGUAUCAACUGUCUCAUAGAAGCUGUUAUCAUGUUCGUUUUUACACUAUUGUUACAUAAUGUAAAUUUUGAAUCAACUAGUGAUUGAAUUUAGAUAAAUUAUUUCUACUGACGUCAAUCUAAGUUUAUACUUGAUUGAAGGUGGAACUCUUGUUAGUUGUAAGUUAUUAUGGCAAUGGCUGUGCCGGGUUUGAUCCUUGUGCCAUGACCAA